GUAAUUUUGUAUUGCAAAAAAUAGCUCUGGUGCUAAUAAAGUCGAAKCCCGAAUGUAUGUCAUAUGUUGGUGUUUUGAAAUGUUCAGUGGUCGUUUUAGGAUUUUCCCCACGCAACUCACUGCAGUUGUUAUUAGCUAGAUAGGUAGUUUGGCUAUCUAAGUAGCUAGCAAUUAAUCAUUGUUGUAUUCAAUCAAAUAGUUAGCUAGUUUAGUAGUGCUGUAUAUCUCAAGGAGUAAAAUCCUGAAACGCCCACGGAAAUAAGAUCAUUGAUAAUUGCGCUGUUGUCCUUGGUUGUUACAGACACAAUGAGUGCCAAAUUCGGCCUGAUGAACUACAACAACGCCCGGAAGCAUCUGUCUAUCUCCAUCCCGUCGUCCAGCGAGGUCAUGAUGUCUCCGCACAUUAAGUCUGUGGAGGAGCUGAGAGUGCUAGGCAUCAACCUGAGCAGCUUCAACACAGCUACCCAGUUCUGCAUCUGCACGGCGGGUGUCUUCCUCUUUUACCUCAUCUAUGGCUACCUACAAGAGCUCAUAUUUUCCGUGGAGGGUUUCAAGCCCUUCGGAUGGUACCUCACCCUGGUACAGUUUGGGUUCUACUCCCUGUUUGGACUGGUGGAAUUGCAGCUCACACAGGACAAACGGAGAAGAAUACCAGGGAAGACCUACAUGAUCAUAGCAUUUCUAACGGUGGGGACCAUGGGCCUAUCAAACACCUCACUGGGUUACUUGAAUUAUCCUACACAGGUCAUCUUCAAGUGCUGCAAACUCAUUCCUGUCAUGAUAGGAGGCAUAUUCAUUCAAGGGAAACGCUACAAUCUGGCUGAUGUAUCUGCUGCUCUCUGUAUGAGCCUGGGACUCAUCUGGUUCACCCUAGCUGACAGUAAAGUCGCCCCCAACUUCAAUGCAACCGGGGUCCUCCUCAUCUCUCUGGCUCUGUGCGCUGAUGCUGCCAUUGGGAACGUGCAGGAGAAAGCCAUGAAGCUCCAUAAUGGCUCUAACUCUGAAAUGGUUUUGUAUUCCUAUUCCAUCGGUUUUGGGUACAUAUUGACAGGCCUGUUGGGUGCAGGUGGAUUGGGACCAGCAGUGGCCUUUUGCUCUCAGCAUCCUGUGACAACAUACGGUUAUGCAUUCUUCUUCUCUCUCACGGGGUACUUUGGCAUUUCAUUUGUGCUGGCCUUGAUCAAACUYUUUGGAGCAUUGGUCGCAGUCACAGUAACGACUGGGCGUAAGGCGAUGACGAUUGUACUAUCCUUUAUGUUUUUCUCCAAGCCUUUUACUUUUCAGUACCUAUGGGGUGGACUUUUAGUGCUGUUCGGCAUCUUCCUGAAUGUUUACAGCAAAAACAAAGACAAAAUGAAGCUGCCAUCUUUGGCGGACCUCAGGAAUAUGUUUAUGACCGGGAAGAAGGUCAGGCUGCUAUCACAGAACGUGUAGUAAAAGGGACCUGUGGUGGGCACGAUAAACAAACAUUUUCCUAACGUUCCUAUCUAACAUGGACCUAAUAACAGUGGGUUCCUAAGAYAUUCCUUGGCCACAGAGCUCCACAGAAACAUUCCCAGGAGGAGAAAGUGGAUACGGAGCACCUGCGAGACUCUGAAAGGGAAGCUGACUCCUUAGCUAACCCAAAUAGCACAGUUCUACACUGUAAGUGACUCUAUGACUUUAGCCUGAGCAAGACGAAGGGGGACGAGACGGUUGAAAGAGAAUAUAUUGACAUUUAUUGAAAUGAUCAUGUCCGAAAUUGAAUGUGCACCAAAAAAAUAUUUUCACCUGCAUGUGCCAGAAGACAAAAAACUGAUGUUUUACUCAAUUACUGUCUGAGAAAUGUGUCUUCUCAUGGUUUCUUUGUAAUUUAUAUCCGAUUGUACAGAAGACCGCUCAACAACACAGUGACAUCUUGAAGUGUGGGGCGGGCUAUGCUCGGAAGUAUAUCAACGUGUCAACUGCCAUAUUUGCGAACCGUUUGUUUUGGUGAAAUGGUAGCUCUUUUUACAUUAAACAAACUGGGAAGUUUAUCCAAAAGGUU